AUGGCACCCCGAGCGCGGCCUGUCCUGGCGAGCGGCCCCUCCCGGCGCGUCGCGCCCUUCGCCACCGCUUGCUCCAGAUCUGGUGCCGGCGUCGCCUCUCCUGCGCACGAUUUACAUGGACCAUUGACUACUUUCAGUUCCCAUUCCCUGAAACAUGUUUUUGCAUUCAGUGAAGUGAGGGUUGAAGGUUUGGAGACCUUGGACUAUCUUGACAACUUGCAAUCCAAGAAUUGUUGUACUGAACAAGGAGAUGCAGUUGUAUUUGAGUCUGAAUACGGUGGACAAGUUGUUUGGAACCCUUGGGACAAGAAGGCCAAAGCAAUGCCAGAUUUCGGGGAUGAGGAGUACAAGAGCAUGCUAUGCGUGGGGGCUGCAGCUAUUGAGAAGCCAAUUACUUUAAAGCCAGGUGAAGAGUGGAUAGGAAAGCAGGAAAUUUCUGCUGUACCAUCCGGUUACAGCAGCGGACAAUUGGAUCCUGAACUGAUUCGUCGAAUGCACACAAUAUAA